AUGUCUUAUAACAACGGUGGAUACAACAGAGGUGGUUACAACGACCGUAAUGGCGGUGGAUUCGGUGGUGACAGAAACGGUGGCGGAUACGGUGGUGGCAGAGGCGGCUACGGUGGUGACAGAAACGGUGGUGGUAGAGGUGGAUUUGGUGGUGGACGCGGUGGGCGCGGUGGAUUUGGCGGUGGUCGUGGUGGAUUUGGUGGUGGAUUUGGUGGUGACAGAAUGGGUGAAUUAGGUAGUGGUUUGAGAGAACAAGAAUGGGACCUCGAAAGAAUGCCAAAGUUUGAAAAGAACUUUUACGUUGAACACGAAUCAGUCCAAAGUAGAUCAGACAGUGAAGUCAACAAGUUCCGUGAAGAACACCAAAUGACCAUCCAUGGUAGAGACAUUCCAAAGCCAGUCACUACUUUCGAUGAAGUUGGAUUCCCAGACUACGCUUUGGAAGAAAUUAAACGUUGUGGUUUCCCAUCUCCAACUGCUAUUCAAUGUCAAGGUUGGCCAAUGGCUUUGUCUGGUAGAGAUAUGAUUGGUAUUGCCGCUACAGGUUCUGGUAAAACUUUGUCUUACAUUUUGCCAGCUAUCGUUCAUAUUAACGCUCAACCAUUAUUGGAAAGAGGUGAUGGUCCAAUUGUUUUGGUCUUGGCCCCAACUAGAGAAUUGGCUGUUCAAAUUAAAGAAGAAUGUUCUAAGUUUGGUCACUCUUCUAGAAUCAGAAACACUUGUGUUUAUGGUGGUGCUCCAAAGGGUCCUCAAGUCAGAGAUUUGGCUAGAGGUUCUGAAAUUGUCAUUGCCACUCCGGGUAGACUCAUUGAUAUGUUGGAAGCUGGUAAGACCAAUUUGAGAAGAGUUACCUACUUGGUUUUGGAUGAAGCCGAUAGAAUGCUUGAUAUGGGUUUCGAACCUCAAAUCAGAAAGAUUCUUUCCCAAAUUAGACCAGACAGACAAACCCUUAUGUGGUCUGCCACAUGGCCUAAGAGCGUUCAAUCCUUGGCCCAUGAUUUCUUGCAUGAUUACAUUCAAGUCACCAUUGGUUCUUUGGAAUUGUCUGCUUCUCACACUAUUACUCAAAAUGUCUUUGUCAUGAGUGAAUAUGAAAAGAGAGACAAGUUGAUUAGUGAGUUGACCAAGAUUGAUGAGUCUGGUAGCAAUUCCAAGAUGUUGGUCUUUGCCUCCACUAAGAGAACUUGUGAUGAUAUCACCAGUUAUUUGAGAGCUGAAGGUUGGGCUGCAUUGGCCUUACACGGUGACAAGGCCCAAUCUGAAAGAGACUGGGUUUUGGACCAAUUCAGAUCUGGCCAAAAUAACAUUAUGGUUGCCACUGAUGUUGCUGCUCGUGGUAUUGAUGUUAAGGGUAUUGACUGGGUCAUCAACUUUGACAUGCCAGGUAACAUUGAAGAUUACGUUCACAGAAUUGGUAGAACUGGUAGAGGUGGUGAAACUGGUACUGCUAUUUCUUUCUUCACUGAAGGUAACGGUAAAUUGGCUAAUGACUUGGUUCACAUCAUGGAAGAAGCCAAGCAAGAAAUUCCAGACAGCUUGAGAAGUAUGUGUCGUGGUAGAGGUGGAUUCGGCGGUAGAGGCGGAUUCGGCGGUCGUGGUCGUGGUGGUCGUGGUGGCCGUGGUAGAGGCGGUUACGGUGGUGGUAGAGGUGGUUACGGUGGUGGCAGAGGUGGUUACGGUCGUCGUUAA